AUGAACAUGGUGUGAUUGAAGAUGAUAUUGUCUAUAUUAUUCUUAUCUAGGUCUCUUCUUUGUCAUGCACAAGGUCAUGGCUCCAGCCCAGGUCGCAGAUUCUAAUUAUUCGAAGUUCCCGAGGUUUCUUUCUUUUUUCUUUUCUGUUCUCUCUCUCUCUCUUUUGUCCAGAGCUUUGUGUCCCAUUAAUUAUAUUAAUCGUAUUUUAAGUAUAACAUUAGAAUAAACUCGAUUACAUGAGUGGCGGCGGAUCUCGACUUGGUUCUCGAGUACCUGAGGAAACAGAAAUUCGAAGAGGUUUUAGUCGAGUAAUCAGAAUGUUUGUGCAGAUCAAAGGCAAUAUCGAUGUCUCGGCCACUCGAGAUGGGGGCCUACUGUAGCCGGAGGGGAAAUGAGAUCUGACGAGUACUUUUCCUGAGGUCUUGGUUUAAUUUCCUCCUCAAACAUGCCCCUUUCUUCGAUUCCAAUGCCAAGUAUAAUAUCAGGGAUACGGUGGCGGACUUGUUUGUUUCAGGAAUCUUGUACAAACAUCUUGUUGCUGUAAUAAUAGGACAUCGUGACUGCCCACCUUCGUUCUUGACGGUCACGUCGUCAGCCCGAGAGUCAGCCCCUUUCGAAAAAGGACUCGUUAACUGAUAAUCGCUGUCUUUUUUGGAACAGAAGCAGACAAAGACAAAUUGCGCGGUGCAAGUGGAGUAGGCGCUUUAUGAAAUAUCUAAUAUUAAACUCUCUGCAUUGCACGGUGCGAUCAGUCGUAAAUCAUUCGCACUCCAAUUUUCGCCGGAAAGAAAAAGACGAGAAAAUAUUGUGGAAAUUUUACUUUUCGACUGAAUUAUCACUGACAGAGAGAGCACAGAAAGAAAAGACGAGCGAAGAGACGGCAGAGAAAAAGAGGAAACGAUUAAAAUGGGAUCACUCAAAAGAUUGGCCCUCUGGGCAUAAGAGCAACAUGUCAGAACAAAGGAAGUCGGGUCAUUAGUCAAGGUGCGAAAUGCCUCGCAAAACAAGUGUCGGGACCUGAGGCUAGGUCUCUGACCAAUAAUUCGAUGAUAAGUGAGAGUCGAGGAGUUGACGAGAGUGUGCAAAAAAUGAUCUUAUUUCCCUAAUCCCUUGCACAAACAUCCCUCAUGAAAGGAACGAGAGCGUCUGAUGAUAACACCGCUAUACAAGACUCUCCUGUAAUCUCCAUCUAGAACAUGCCUAAUUUAAAGUCAUAGGCCCAACACCUUUUCUUCUUCUGCAGGUCAUAUAUCUCGAAAGACAAGUGAUAAACCUUCUGGUUGUUGAUAUGGGGCCUAAUUAAUUGUGUGUCCGAGUGAUUUAUGACCCUUUAUCUGGCUCGGGAUUGUGGCCAAGUCUCUUGGUCUUGUUUUGGAGCACUCUUGAGUAUAAACAUCGACCGCCAAGACCGCCAAUUAAGAGAUCGAUGAACAAGGAGAAGAUCCAAAAAAAACUGGAAAAGAAACCGCCGGCCACGACCACCAAAUCCCGGCCAAAUCCGCGCUCUGUGCCCGUAAUUGCGGGUUCAAUAAACACCUGUUGAGAGAUGCCUUUACCGCCACUAUAAACACGAUCAUUAUCGUAUUCGGGGGAUUCGGAUAUUCUUUUGUUCUCCAGUGCAUCUGCAGAAACAAAACUCGGGAUAUUAUUGUAGUCCGGGACAACGGCCAAGGGCCACUCAAAGCAUCCGAAAACAAGACAUUUCACAACAUUCCAACUCCAACGACUUGACGGAUUCAGAAAUGAGUAGUAGCUCUUCCAAGACAAUCUCCGUAAGUUUACAGCGUUUUUCAUUGUGUUAUCCACAUCUUCAGAAAGAUCGUAAAUCCCUUACCAGAAAACGUGGAAGUCAGCGAAAUAAGUCAGAGCAUAUGACAAUUGGAGAUAGCCAUCAAGGAACCCGACUCUAUAUGGAAACUACCUCUUGUAAGCCUUGGAAUGACUUGACAAAUCACCCUUUUAAUUAUAGCUAAACUGAAGCAAAGGCCGGCCUUCAACCUGGACACAACAGUCCAAUACGAGGAUUACAAGAAUCAUCAGCCCGUGAAGAAGCCAGAGCCCAAACGAGAAGACUGGAAUCAGAAUUGGGUUGAGUCCUUGAGAACUCAGUGA